UUCCGGGGGCGCGGGUGUGUUGGGGCCUUCAGCCUGGGCCGCCCUGAGCUCCCCGCGAAGCCCCGGCUCCUCACGCCUUCAGCCUCUCGGUACAGCUUUGCGGGGUUGAGGCGACAUGAUUCCCUUUAACAGACGCCGAGCGCAGGACCUAGGAUGCCAGCCACUGUGCCACCUGUCGCUAUUGAGCCUUACCUGUGACUUUUUCUUGGUAGCCCAGGCUAGCCUUGAACUAGCUGUAUUGCCAAGGAUUCCUUGAAUUUAUGAGCUUCCUGCUUUGUGAGGAAUCCUUAUCACACGGUCUCUACCUCCCAGGUGCUGGGAUUACAACACUUGUAAACUCCCUAGUUCCAGCGUCGCCAUGAAGACACACUUGAGGGAUAUUAAACUGGAGACUGCUGGGGGCGCUUCAGCUGAGGGAGCCCCUUGCAGACUUGGUACUGCACGUAGCUUGAGAGAGCUGGUCUGAGUUGACAACAAACAGGUUGGAAUUUGUGACCAUCGCUCUGUCCAUCCCUCAGAAGUAUGCGUCCUGGUGGUGAAGCCAUUAAGAGCAUGGAUCUGGAUCAGCUGGACUUGAAUCCUAGAAUUAUGGCUGCAGUUAAGAAAGGCGGACUGAGAUCAGUCAAGGAGGUUCUGUGUUGCUCGGGCCCAGACUUGGAGAGACUCACUGGCCUGUCCAGUCCUGACGUGCGACACUUGCUGAAAGCAGCCUCCCUUCACCUCCAGGGCAGCCAUGUCCUCACAGCUCUGCGCCUGUUCCAGGAGAGUGAGCACUUCCCCGGGCAGCACAGGCGCCUGAGCCUGGGCUGCCCCGUCCUGGACCGGAUCCUGGGUGGUGGCCUGCCUCUGGAGGGUAUCACUGAAUUGGCUGGUUGCAGCUCAGCAGGGAAGACCCAACUGGCACUACAGCUCUGCCUGACUGUGCAGCUCCCACGACAGUACGGAGGCCUGGAGACUGGGGCUGUCUGUAUCUGCACAGAAGGCGUCUUCCCCAGCACCCGGCUGCAGCAGCUCAUCGCUCGGCACCAGCAGCUUCGGUCAGAUGUGCCAAGAGAAGUGGUCCAGAAGGUCAGGUUCAGCAACCAGAUCUUCAUCGAGCAUGUGGCUGAUGUGGAUGCUUUGCUGGAGUGUGUGAGUAAGAAGGUCCCCAUUCUGCUGUCGAAGGGCAUGGCCCGACUGGUGGUGGUGGACUCCGUGGCAGCCCCAUUCCGCUGUGAGUUUGAUGGCCAGGCCUCAGCCCUUCGGGCCCAGCGCCUGCAGACGCUGGGGGCUGCGCUGCGGCGGCUGAGUAGUACUUUCCAGAGCCCUGUGCUGUGCAUCAACCAGGUCACAGAAACUGUAAAGGAGCAGGAAUCUGCACCUGGAUCACUGGGGGCCUGGGACGAGCACCUGUCUCCAGCCCUUGGCAUCACCUGGGCCAACCAGCUUCUGAUGAGGGUGAUGGUCAGCAGGGUCCGUGAAGAGGACGCCACCCUGGGCUUGCCUAAUGGCCCAGCUCGGACUCUGCGGGUACUCUUCGCCCCCCAUUUGCCCCCAUCCUCUUGCUGCUACACAGUCAAUGAGGAAGGUGUUCGAGGGAUGCCAGGGACUAUCCUGCUAAUGUGAUGGCACCUAUAACAGCCUGGCCAGGUCCCAAGAACGUCCUGACAAAACUUUCCUCACCAACACCUGCUGACACCUCUCCUCGCCAUGGGUCUCACCCACCCUGCCUUUUGGCCCUACACUGGCCCUUGCACCAGCAGAACCUGGCAGUGAUGUGUCUCUGGUCACUCCCUGGGAGCCGCAGAAGCACAGGCAGCCCUCCUGGUGGUUGCCCUCCCCUGCUGCUCAGGCCACUGUGAGGCAUCUCUUUGGCCCCAAAUAUAUACUCUGACCCAAAACAACCUCAUUUUGGAGCAAGAUGGAAGAGACAUGUCAAAUUGACCUCAGGCUUUAGACUCCAAGAGUCAGAGAAGGAAGUGGGCUGGCCUUGACCUAGUUGCCUUGGCCAGCCCCAGGGCACAUGCAGCUUCAAGCAAGUAAUGACAAGGACACAAGAAAAAGGAUUCUCAGUGCAUCCUCACCAAGUGUGGCCCCAUGGUGAGUAUUCAACAGCAUAACUGUCCCUAUUAAGGCAGGAAACAGGCAGACAUCUGUUCAAGGUGGAGUGGCUAGCAUGAGCCUGGAGCCUGUACUAUACCUCCCCCCGCCCCAACCUUCAAAGCCACCUGUGGCCCCAAAAGGUUAGCCCUGGCACAAAGAUGGAAAGAGCUGUUCAGGAUUGGUUUUUAUAAAACAUCUUUUCUGCAAAACUAGAGGGACUUUAUAACAGGAAAUAAAAUAUUUUAUUUUUGUAACAGUUCUAAAUCCCAAGGUGUGUUGACAAUUAGAAAAGACAGCUCCAAAAUAGGCACACUUAGAAGAGGCCCCACAUGCCCCCAUCAGACUGAGGGGUGUGCUUAGGGGCCACCCCAUCAUGUAUCCUCUAAGCGCCCAUCCUUCCUGGCAGGCCCAAGACUGCAGGGCCUCCUCUGCCAGCAGCUCACCGAAGAAAUGCCCAAGUAGUAUUUCCUCACCACCCUUUUCCUUGUUUUUCAAGGGGCUCACUGUAGCCCAGGCUGGCCUCGAACUUACAGCAAUCCUCCUACCUCUGCCUCUCAGUACUGAGAUUAAAGGCAUGCACCACCACAUCUGGCUUCUCAUCACCUUUUAAAAUGCUAAAAACCAUGCAAACUCUUGCCCGGUGCUGGAAGCUGCUUAGGAAGUCAGUCUGGACUACAAACGAGGCUGUGCUCAGCGGGCAGGGCCCACCUGCCUGCCUUCCAGGGCUCAGCUCUGGUUAAUACAGACUGCUCACAAUCAAGUGCAGACAGGCAUGGAGCAGACAUCAAGCUCACGUGCUUCCAAAGAAGGGUCCAUGAGGUCACGACUGCAGAGAAUCGGAACUGAAAACAUGCACCCUGGUGAUCAUUAAUUCCUGUCAACAUUAACUUUCUAAUGACCUGAUGGUCACAGCAGCUCUCUGACCAAUGUCCAGAAAAUGGAUCCCAACCCCUCCGCUGUACACCCACUCAGCAGGAAGCAUCUGCUGGGCAUGUGUUCACCACCCAUCUGUUUUCCUGAUGUCUACCACUGGCAGAGAGCCAUGUGCAUCGACUGGCACUGGUAGGAAACUUAACUUAGGUUUGAUAUGAACUAUGAAGAAACAGGUGUGACUCUCACUUGUGGUCACAGUGCCACAAAGAAAAGAUUGAGGGCUGGAGAGAUGGCUUAGCGGUUAAGCGCUUGCCUGUGAAGCCUAAGGACCCCAGUUCGAGGCUCGGUUCCCCAGGUCCCACGUUAGCCAGAUGCACAAGGGGGUGCACGCAUC